AUGUCAUCCCUAGCUUGUUUUUGGGCUCUCCUAUCUUUAAGAGAUCUGACAUUCGUCUACAUAUCGCCUUCACUACGCAAAGCCCUCGGAGUAGAGUAUGAGGCUGUGUUAGGAACAUCUUUCUUUGACUACUUCCACCCAGAUGAAGAAAAAAUUGCGCGUCAUGAUUUGACAAAGUUUGUACAAAGAGAUUCUACAUGCGGUUCGGUUACAAGAUGCCAAUACAACAGCGUUCUAGCCAUCCGUGCGAAAGCUCAGUCUCGUAUAUACGCAGCCCGCAGGAAUUCACCUGUUCAUGCCCACCAUACUCAACCAUCAUCUCCUAGCCACACGACCACCCUACCUAUCGAGAACAAUUAUGUCAUAAUGAAGGUUGGAAUGGACAUUGUCACUCAAGACAUUGUGCUCGCUCGUUUUCAUUCUGAUGAAGGCUCCCAAGUUGAAGACGGUGGGAAGUCAAAUACUUGCGGUGAAUCGGAAUUUACAAAAGAGGAACUGACUAGGCUGACCACGUUACUUCGUAAUCACGUGACAACAGAUUCGAUUAACAUGCAAUCUCCUCCGGCAACACCCCAAUCACUUCCACUACAGCCAGUAAUGAGCACACCCAAACGCAUCUUUCAAAUACUCGAUACUCGGACAAGAAACCUCAUAUUCACUUGGCCAGAUCCGCACGCAUACAACAAAGAAGAUUUUUCUAAACUCCUCCAAAGCAUUGCAGUUCAACCAUCAACAACUUCCACCUCUCCGACCUGUAUACGUCCCUAUUCAAACAGUCAUGUAAUUCCACUCGCAUCUGGAAUGUAUCUUCGAGUGGAUAGCGUGAUGAUCCAUUACGGAGAGAUUAUCUUCGCUACCUUUAAAAUUCUUCCCUCAUCGCCUGCAGUACUUUCAAUAGACAAUUCUAGGCAACCGCCAUAUUCAGCUCCUUGUUCACCGCCCUCAGCAGUUUGUACUGGGAAGCGUCCUCGAACUGAAAACUCCUCCCCUGCUUACGGUCUGCAGGUUCCAGUCCAAUCUUUGUCAUUCCUAUCAAGAGGAAGAUCCCACGAACAUACAGGAGACACAGAGUUGUAUGAGGGAAUGGAAUCAAAACGUCGUGCAGUAGAAAGAAGACAGGGAUUAACAACACCGCAAUUCUUGUCUCCGCAUGAGUCUCCCCAAAUGAGCCCGCAUCAGAUUUAUGGACAGUAUCCGUUCCCUAGUUUUCCCAAUAUAACGACUAUUGAUGUUAAUACAUCACCACCACAACCGCCAUCCCUAGUACAUACUCACCCACAAAUUCUAUCAGUAUCGCAAUCGCCAUCUCAUUCCGCUCAACCUCCCCAAUCUUCACGUUACGUACAACCUCUCCAGCCGUCAUUCAAUAGCGCUGUUUCUUCAUCACCUCCAGUUCGCUCUUACCAGCUUGCAAACACGAGCUCGGCUAUACGUUCUAAUCAGCGUGUACCAGAUGGAGUAAGAGAAUGCGAAAGAUGCCAUACGACAAAUAGUCCGGAAUGGCGUCGUGGGCCUACUGGUCAUAAGACUCUCUGCAACGCAUGCGGUUUACGCUACUCUCGCAGAAUCGCUCGAGAUAAACGUAGGCGCGAACAAACACAUCGUGAGGAGCAGCAGCGUGAAAGAAGAGAGAUGGAGAGUGUUAAUGUAAACGUUCUUCUGCACCAUAACAACCAAACCGAACCUUAUCCUUCCAUGAAUCUCGCCCACAAUCAAAUACACGGUCAUAUUCCACCUCCGCUUUCACGACAUUCAUCCAAUUCCCACCAUCGUCCUUCGCUGCAACACCGUCAAUCUUCGGUUACGCAUAAUUCACCUUAUUCUCCGCCCAGACAGCUCACUCAAUACAACCAACUGGUAUUGCCGUCCCUGGGUCCACCGGCACAUACGGGGGCAACCGAGUCUGUUGGUAACCCACCACAAAACGAAACUAACAUGAAUCAUUCUCGGCCACCUGUAUAUUAUCGAAGAGAGGCUUGA